AUGGAUUUUGAGUCAGCCCCAUCAGUUAAUAAUUUAAAUUCUAUCGUCACUACUAUUCAAAAACAUACAUCAAAUAUGUCAACUCAAACUGAUCAAAUACCAUCAAAUACAGUUUCAUCGAUAUCACAGCCAAACAGUCCAAUUUAUUUUCUACCAAAAUCACGCAGUAUUAGUCCAAUUUGUCAUCAAAAUUAUGAUGGGAAAUCUUACAUGACAAUCCCUGAUCAAAUUCGAAUUCAAACAUUUAUAUUUAAUACAAUUUAUAUUCGUGAAAAAUCUACUUGUUGUCCAAAACAUGUAGAAAAUGGUCAACUCAAACGAUCGGCGAUUGAUAAUUUGAAAGAAGAUGUAUCAAAAUCAUCGAAAGAUGCUUCUAUUCAAAAUUUAUAUGGCCUUUGUCAAGAAAUGCAAAUAGAAUUAAGAAGAUAUCAUGAAAUGAUGUCAAAUAGUCCUCGACCACCAUUAGAUUUUAAUUCACCAUUUCGAUAUACAGAUGAUGAUUAUUUUUGUUUAACUGGUCUAAAUAAGUAUCAAUUUGAAAUAUUAACAUCCAUUAUUCAAUUACGAAAUAGCGAAAAUCGAACAAUUAGUAAUGCAAUUGGUUGUCUUUUAACAAAAUUACGUUUGGGUAUGAGUAAUCGCGUAUUAGCCACAUUCUUUUCAUUUUCGUCAAAACGCGAAGUUGGUCAUGUCAUUGAAAGUGCUAAAGCCGCAUUACUUCGAGAUUUUGUACAUAAAAAUCUAGGUUUUCAACACAUUUCACGAGAAGAUAUUAUUCAAAAUCAUACUCGAUCAUUAGCUAAAAAAUUAUUAUUAAGUGGACGUGAUGAUGCUAUACUCAUAUUAGAUGCAACAUAUAUAUUUUGCCAAAAAUCAUCAAAUAAUGUUCUACAACGACGUUUAUUUAGUAUGCACAAAGGUCGACCAUUAGUUAAGCCUAUGAUAAUCGUAGCAACCGAUGGAUACAUAGUGAGUUGUAUUGGACCAUAUAUGGUUGAUUUUUAUAACAAUGAUGCGUCGAUAACUAGACAUAUACUGUUAAAUAAUGAAGAGAAAAUUUUAGAUUGGUUAUGUCAAAAUGAUUGUAUGAUUUUUGAUCGUGGAUUUCGCGAUGCAUUGGAUCUUAUUAAAUCGUUUGGUUAUCAAGUUUUUAUGCCAUCAUUUCUUCCAAGAGUUCAACGUCAAUAUACAAGUUUGGAAGCCAAUAAUAAUCUAUUGAUUACUGUAUUGAGAUGGGUUAUUGAAGCUAAAAUACUUUCUUUAGUUGACACAACAAAUAAAUUCGAAAAAUUAUUGUCCGAUAAAGAAUUCAAAAAAAUAAAAAAUCGGACAAAAAUUGAUGCCCGAGAUGCAGCGCCUGAUUUUCCAGCAUUGUCAGAAAUUGAAUUACAAGACAUUACAAUUGGUGUAUUUCAAAUUAAACAGGCUAAAAGUUACAGUACAGAACAUAUUAAUGAAGAUGGACAAUAUGAAAUACUUGUGUCAACCGAUAACAGUAAUCUAUUACGCGCAAAUAUUCAAUCUAAACAUAGUAAUCGAAAAAACUAUAAUGUAAUUGUUGAAUAUAAUAGAAAAACUGUAACAGGAUAUUGUUGUGAAUGUCCAAAUGGUAAUCGUACAGUUGGUUGUUGUAGUCAUGUUGCCAGUAUUAUGUGGUAUUUGGGAAUAGCAUGA